GCAAGCGUAAGGACCAUGCGUUGCCUGAACAGCGGCCUGCUUCUACUGUAUCAAAAGUUUCUGUCGUUCCAACAAUGCUGGAUUUUGUUAAACGUCGAUCUAUAAAUGAGGAAUUAGCACGCUUGGCCUCUAAAGACGGAUUCACAAUACAGGGCAUUACCAAAAGUGAGUUCAUACGGCAGGCAUUUGCUUCUCGUGGAAUGAAAAUGCCAACUAGCAACACAUCGGUGAUGAAGCUGAUUCACGAUUUUUUCGAUGAAGCUAAGGCUAAAACCGUACAGGACAUAGCAAAACGAUCGAAAGAAGGCCACUCUGUUAGUCUAACCCUGGACGAAUGGACUAGUGUAAGCAAUAAACGGUACAUGAACAUCAACAUACAUUUCGCUGAUGGAGCAAUGAUCAAUCUUGGGUUGAUCCCGAUUUCUGGAUCGCUUCCGGCAGAGAAAAUUGUAGCACUAGUGAAGAGUGCUGUAGAAGGUUUUGGACUGAAGCCGAAUGAUGUAUUUGGAGCAACAACUGAUGGCGCUGCAGUGAUGAUUAAGUUUGGUAAAUCUUCUGGAUAUAUGCACCAGCUGUGUUACAAUCAUGGACUGCAUUUGGCAGUGUGUGAUGUGCUGUACAAAAACGUUCCGAAUGAAUUGAUACCUCAAGAUGACGAGGAAUCAGAUGACGAUUAUGAUGACAGUGAUGAAGAAUAUGAGAACGAAGAUAACGUAAUCAGUGACGCUGGCUUGUAUAGAAGCAGUUUCUCGGUUACUUUGAAGCAGAUCCGAAAAGUAAUCCGAAUUUUUCGUGCCAGUCCUGUGAAAAACGCUCUGCUGCAAGAAAAAAUAUCUAAAGUAUUCGGAAAAUCUUUGAAGCUGUUACUUGAUGUCAGAACACGCUGGAACAGUACUGUUACUAUGCUUGAGCGAUUUUUGAAAGUAUGGAAGUGCAUUGACGAAACGCUUGAAGAUCUUGGCCAAAAAGAUUUUCAUUUGACGAAGAAGGACGUUGAAUCAAUCCAAAAUCUCAUGAGUGCAUUGCAACCGAUAAAACUGUCGUCGGAGGCUCUUGGGCGUCGAGAUGCUAACCUGUUAACAGCUGAGGGAUCGCUGAGUUUUUUGUUCACGAAGUUAAAAGAUCAGAAUACUUGUAUUGCUACUGAAUUGUAUGAUGCGAUCCUGAAGCGUAUUGGUGAGAGGCGGAACAAAGAACUUGUAUCUGUAAUGAAAUUCCUCAAUAACAAGACCACAGUUACUUGUGCAGAGUUACCAGUUCUGACAAGAUCGCAGAUCUUUAAGUUCAUCAAGGACAUAUUCCUGAAGGCGAUAACGGGCAUAACAGUGGAUCUCUUCAGAGCACGGCCGAUCUUACUCUUGAACAGGAGCUAGAAUCUGCGAUACAAGAAUUCUCUGGUGCAAAUGUCCCCGUAACUGAUGCGUAUGACGCUGCGAAGGUUUUGCAGAAGGAAUUAACUCUUUUUGAACUAAACGGAAAACUUCCCCAGAGCCUUCAACAACUCUUUGAUCAUAUGAGGACAAUCAAGCCUACAUCAACUGAGAGCGAGCGCAUAUUUUCAUCCUCAGCAAAUAUUUGCUGUGAAAGUCGUUCAAGUCUGAUUAAUAAAAGCCUAAACGUUUUGUGUUUUUUGAAGUCAUAUUUCAAAACAAUCGAUGGAAAAAUGUGAGUUUUGAAAUGUAUUUUCAAUAUUGAUUUUGAAUAAAUUGCAUAUUUGACAAAAACCCGUUUUUUUAAUUUCCCUAGAUCCCGGGAAUUCCCGGGAAACCUCUAUUCAAUUUCCCGUUUCCCGGAAAGUCGAUUCCCGGGAAAAUUGGAAGCCCUACACAGGAGUGAAAUCAAUAUAUCAUAAGAAACCCAUUUUUAUCUGUAAUCGAUUGACAUCAUCGUACAAUUCAGAAACAGUUUUAAAUAGUUAAAAUAGUAACAUUUAAACAAGGUAAAAAUGGAUCAUGGUUUGAACCAAAAUGUAUCGUGGUUUGAACUUGUAGAUGCAGUCAUGUUCUACUUUUGUCCGAAUGCGUCUAGCUGGAGAUAUUCACACGUUUCGAGUUACUAAUCGAAUGCGAGAAGAUGAAUAGUGAAACAAAUUUGCUGUUCUACAGGUUUCCUCUGCAUUUCAUGCAUGUAAUUAGUAUUAUAUUUAGGAGCUGCUGCCAGUAGUUCAAACCAUGAGACGAAUCAAAGUUAUGUAAUUAUUAAGUUUUUUUUAAUGAAAAUAAGCAUAAAUUUGUUUAACACAGGAUGUUUUUAGAAAGAUAAUGAACUAAGCUUCCAUUUAAACUAGAGUUCGCAGUUGUAACAUGUCUCUAUAUUGAAAUAAAUGAACUUUGUUUUGACGGCUCAUUUGAUGACUGCCAUUUGGUUCAAACCAUGAUUGGAUACCCUAAAUACAUUUAUUUUUUUCUACUUCGCAACAAAAGUUCUCAUAAAAGCUUUAUCAAAGACGCCAACUUCGUAAUUUUGUUACUUUUGAAUAUUUAUUACUUUUUAUGCCAACAAGCUUUAAACAUGUUUAUCAUAUAAGCAUACGAGCACAUGGAGACGCAUGGUAAAUUGGUCCAUCAACUUCCUGUGAUUAAACUAAGCAACAAU